AUGUGGCGGUUGCGCUGGCAGACGUUAGGCCUCGCGGCUGUGAGUGUCUGCUUGGCUUUGGAGACGCUGGGCUUCCUGGUCGGUUGGCUGAGGCGGCGACGACGACAUCGGUCCCCGCGGCGGGAGGUGCUCUUCUUCCCCUCGCAGGUGACCUGCACCGAGGCCCUGCUGCAGGCCCAGCGGCAGGGAGGCCCUCAGGGUGCGGCGCCGGUACCCGCAACGGCAGGGCCCGAUGGCCGGAGGUCGCCCGGCGCGGCUGCGGGGGCGGCGGGCACUGGCCCGGCCACGACGGCUCCGGCCGCGGCGGCGGGGGCGGCCUCGAACUGCCUGUGCCCGCUCCCGCAUGGAGAGAGCUCCCUGAGCCGCCUCCUGCAGUACGUGCUAUCGGCCCGCAGCAGCCUCGAGCUCUGCCUGUUCGCCUUCUCCAACCCCCAGCUGGGCCGCGCGGUUCAUCUGCUGCACCAGCAGGGCGUCCGCAUCCGCGUGGUCACCGACUGCGACUACAUGGCCCUCAACGGCUCCCAGAUCGGCCGCCUCCGCAAGGCAGGUAUCCAGGUAAGGCAUGAUCAAGGUGCUGGCUACAUGCAUCACAAAUUUGCAAUCGUGGAUAAGAAGAUGCUUAUUACUGGCUCUCUCAACUGGACCACACAAGCCAUUCAGAACAAUAGAGAGAAUGUUUUGAUUGUGGAAGAUGAAGAGUAUGUAAGACUUUUCUUGGAAGAAUUUGAACGUAUUUGGGAGGAGUUCAACCCUGUAAACUAUACUUUUUUCCCUCAAAGAAAGUGAAGCAAAGUAAACCAAAGCCCUACGCUAAUGUUUUCCUUAGGGUUAUAGGUAAAACAACUUACAACGGGGUCCUUGGGACAAUUUGAAGAUGGACCUCUUAUACUGAAUCCCUUGCUAUAGUAAGUUGUAUUGUGGCAAGGUUUCUUCUAACAUGUUCAUUGCAGUUCUGCAGUAAGAAAAACUUUAAUAGCAUUAAUUUUUUUGGAAACAAAGGACAUACCUAUUGAUUUUUUUUUUUUGAGGCAAAUGGGGUUAGGUGACUUGCCCAUACCUAUUGAUUUUUAACAUUCUAAUUCUUGUUUACAAAAAUCUAUUGAACUGUAUUUCUAUAUUCAGCUGAGAUUCUCCAUCUCCCUUAUGGACAUACUUCAUUCCAUAUGACUAGUUAGCUCAGGUCUGCCAAGAAUGUAUAUCCAUGAUUGAGUCGCUGUCUCUUGAAGGUAUUGACAGGCUUGAAUGAGAUGGAUAAAAAGGAACAAGAAGAGAGAAAAAAAGGUACAUAUGGUGGAAAAGUUUCACCUGGACUGUAGUACUACUUAUCCUUUCCUAGCAUAGCAUUUAUUCCAUAUGGUAGGGGAAAGAUAAUUAAGUGCUACCUUGCAAGAUAAAUUAUUAAAAUAUAUUUGUGUAUAAUCAAACAUUUCAGUCUUUCUUUACCAUGUUUACUAGGAUGUGAUUUAGCUGAUAGCAAUAAAUAAUAGGAGCCUGAAAUAGGCUACUAUUUAAGAGUUAGGUAUCUCAUUUUUAUUAUAAACAUUCUCACUUUUGUUGUUUAGUCAUUUUCUUUUUUUUUUUUUUUUA